AAGGGUGGGGAGGGGAGUACCCUUGCUGCCUUCCAGGAGCCUUUCUUUUAUUCCAGUACUAUCGAUUCUGAGAGAUCUUUCUCUAGUUUUGCUACCGAGAAAAAAACCUACUCCAGUUUGGUCUGGCAACCCAUCAGCUUCUCCCGUUGCACACUGGUUUAUCCCAAGAUGGACGCGGGAGCUCGGCGGCCCUGAGGCUCAGCCCGCGUGAGAGGGAGUAGAGCGGGGCGCUGGGGGCGGUGGCAGCGGGUCUCCUCGCCGGCGGGCAGCCCGGCCUGCCCUCGCGCCAUGCCUCACAAGAAAAAGAAACCCUUCAUAGAGAAGAAGAAAGCUGUAACUUUUCACUUAGUGCACAGAAGUCAGAGGGAUCCGCUUGCUGCUGAUGAUACAGCACCCCAAAGAGUUCUGCUGCCUACACAGAAAGGGCAUGAGGAGCAAAGGCGGGAAGAGCAGCGGAAGUAUGGAGUCUUCUUUGAUGAUGACUAUGACUAUUUGCAGCAUCUAAAAGAAGCCUCUGGUCCCUCUGAACUUGUCCCUUCUGUACGUGGACAGCAGAGCAGAAUUGUUGUCACAAGUGAGGGGCACAUAGAAGAUGAAAUUCAGCGAGUUCCAGCUCCAUCUAUUAAGUUGCCUUCCUCAGUAUUUGCCACAGAGUUUGAAGAGGAUGUGGGCUUGUUAAAUAAAGCUGCUCCUGUUUCAGGACCACGGCUCGACUUUGACCCUGAUAUUGUUGCAGCUCUGGAUGAUGAUUUUGAUUUUGACAAUCCAGAAAAUAUCUUGGAAGAUGACUUUGUUCUACAAGCAAAUGAACCACAGAAAGGGAGAUCGGAUGCUGAGGAUGAAGAUGAAUGGGAAGAUGUGGAGGAAGACAGUGAUGAUAAAGACUGUGAUUCAGAGGGUCCUUUAUCAGAUGAUGGGUUUAAUGGACAAGCCAAAGAAUUUCUUUUUAUGCAAGAAGAAACCAGGAGUCGUUUCACAGAAUAUUCUAUGAGUUCUUCAGUAAUGAGAAGGAAUGAGCAGUUAACCUUGUUGGAUGACAGAUUUGAGAAGUUUUUUGAACAAUUUGAUGAAGAUGAAAUUGGAGCCUUGGAUAAUGUGGAGUUAGAAGGUUACAUUAACACAGACAAUGCUCGGUUGCAGGAAGUCUUGAAUGAUUACUACAAAGAGAAAGCAAAGAAUUGUGUGAAAUUGGAUACUCUUGAACCAUGUGAAGAUUUAGACUCUGCCAUGAAUGAAGAAAGUGAGGAAGAAAAGGAAGAAACAGUAGCUGUAGUUGUUGAGGAACCAAAGGAAAAGUGGGAUUGCGAAUCCAUUUUGAGUACAUACUCAAACUUAUAUAAUCACCCAACGCUUAUUAAGGAGCCAUCAAAGCCCAAACCAGUAAAAAUUUCCCAGAAGACUGGAAUCCCCCUGCAUAUCCUGCCUCAGAAAGGCCCUACUGCCAAGCAGGUUGAACGCAUGCAGCUGAUCAAUGCCAGUGACUUGCCAAGAGCAUCGAUGCAGCCCCGUUCCAAAGAUGAGAGCAAAGAGGAUCGCAAAGCGAGGAAACAGGCAGUGAAAGAGGAGCGCAAGGAACGCAGAAUGGAGAAGAAAGCCAACAAGCUGGCCUUCAAAUUGGAGAAAACAAGGCAAGAAAAGGAGUUGCUCAAUCUGAAGCAGAACGUUCAAGGACUGAAGCUGUCUUGAUGAAACAGAGGAACCUUUUGUGGAAACACCCUUAAGUUUUUAUUUGUAUUGAGAAGGGAACUGCUUACUCAGAUCUUUGCCAGUCGGGCACAAAGGGGGUUAUUCAGACAUCACUGUAACAAGAACCAGUAGCUUGUCAUCUUUCUGAAAUGGAAGUUCUUCAUAAACCAGUGUAACACUGAUGUCUGUUCUGUCACGAGUGCCACGGCAACUGUUGCAAACUUUCCUUACCGUAGAAAUGUAUUGAAAUGAUAAAAACCUAUUUUUCUUACAAGCUACCACUGGACAGAGUUUUAUAUCUAUAUGUUUGAAUGUGGUCAACGAAUCAGCAGGAUUCUACAGAUUUGAUAUGAUAAGAUUCCUCUAUUAAAUUAUUUCC